AGUUCAAUUAGUUACUCACCAAUCUUGCCAUUUUCUUUGUUGGCUCUAAAUGUCUCGACUUGAGUCUUGUGAUCGUCACAGGAUUGCGUGCAAAUACACAAUUAGCUAAUAUACUGCUCCCGAUAAUAACUUAUUACCAAUGUCAAUAAUGGUAUUCCUCUAUGACGGCGUGUAUGUACAUAUUCUUGGUCAACCCUCACCCAAUUAUCUUCCGAGUGUCUGUAAAACACCGACAUGGCCAAUGUCCAGUAGCAAACUUGUCGCAAAUGAAAUAAGAAAGAAUUGCAAGGUGUUUAGAAAUAAGACAUUUCGAAAAGAUGCAGCUGCGAUCCUCCCAAUACGGCUCUGAUGAACACCAAGAUAACAAUACUGCCCAAAGUAACAUCGUCAUGGUCUCUCAGACUCCACAAUUGCCUCCUCCCAACAGUAUCAGCAAUGGAAGCACCACUACACCGCCACAAACCCCUUCACAUUAUGUCGAACCAUUGUCGGAAACGGUUAAGAAUUAUUUUGUUGCGUAUCCAUUAUUUCUGCUAAUUAUUUGGGGAGCAUUUUACGUGUUUUGGGAUGAAGCAGCAUUACCAGGAGGAGCUGUAUACACUAUCAUUGUUCUUGAAGUUUGUGCAUAUGUUUUGGGAGAGAUCGUCGCCAAGAGUGAUCUGCCCCCACAAUUAGGAAUGCUUAUGGCUGGUUUAAUUCUAGGGAAUAUUCCGUACAGUUUUAUCAGUGAGGAUUUAUACCAGCUUGUAAUACUUCAAUUAAGGUGGCUGGCCAUCGUGGUCUCAGUGACAAAAGGUGCACUCGGCAUUUUCCCAGGAAUAAUAUGGAAGUUUCGGAAAGUUAUACCACCAUUGGCAAUAGCUCCGUAUUUUGCAGAAGCAAUUAUCUGGUAUCUUGGAUCUUAUUAUGUCGCCGGACAUUCCUCAUCAGCAUCGUUCUUUAUUGCAGGUCUAUAUUCCACCAUGUCUGGAAUUUUGCUGUUCCCCUAUGUUGAUAAUCUGGAGAAGGAAAUCCAUCCAAAAUCUUCAGACUUGUCAUCUGAAACUAAACAACUUUCUCCUCAUGCGCUCGAAAUAUUGUUUGUUGCCAAGAAAACCAUGGGACUGGAUGCCGUCCUAGGAAUCUUAUUUGCUAAAUCGGCAUUAGGAUUUAUGUUUGCUGAUGACUUUCAAUCUGGCCUUAUCAAGGGACCAGGAGAAGUAGUUUUCGGUGCAGGCUUGGGAAUUUUAUGGGGCGGUUUGUCCGGUCUGCUUCUCACCGGGCACAAGCACGUCGUGCUGCGCGUUAUUACCGUAAUUCUUGGUGGGACAGUAACGUUUAUCGGAAUGAGAAAGCUGGGCUAUCCUCGCGGAACCCACGUGGGCGUUUUGAUUGGAGCUUUUACUGCUAUAUCAAUUUGGAGAUCAAACAAAAAGAAAGUUGUCGGAUUGGAGAAGAUUAUCGAUACCAAUGACAAAAUUUGGGCACUUUUAGAGCCCUUUCUAUUUGCAAUUAUUGGAGCCAGGAUUAAUGUGAUGGCGAUAAAUUGGAGCAUGUUUGGACUAGGAUUUUGUGUAUGGGCUGCUUGUACAUUGGUCCGUCUGGUUACUGUUUUCUGGUCAACGCAAUGGUCAGGAUGGACCCUGCGAGAACGGCUCUUUAUAGUGACUGCUUGGUCAGGAAAGGGCACGCUCCAGGCCGCAAUUGGACCAGUCCCAAUCGAAACAGCACUAUUGAAUCAUCUAAAUUCUGACGUGGUUGAAAGUAUGAGGAGAGUUAUGGAGUUGGCCGUUUUGAUUCUGAUAUUUUCCCAUAUAUUUGGAUAUGUUGGGGUUAAGUUGUGGGGUAAAAAGUUAUUAAGCAAAGAAGAUGAGAAUAGUGCAGUAGUAGUUUAAUAUUAUAUAUGAUAAGCAUAAGCUUAAUUUAUACAUGCAAAACAGUAUUAAUGAAAAAUAAAUGUCACGUUGAAGCACAUACAUAUA